AUGGUGGUGGUGUCGGUGGCGGGGGGCGUGCGCUUGCACCUCUCCAGCAAAAGCCUUACCGGAUACAAGGGCGUGCACAAGGUGGCCUCUGGCCGCUUCAGGGCUGGUUAUACCUGCGCACCGCCGGACCGGCCGAGAGGUGGUGGUGGCAAAGUCGGCUUAGGCAACUUCGACACGGCGGUCGAUGCGGCGGUGGCGUACGCGCUGGCGGUCGGGGAGUACACGCCUCCACCUCCGCCACCAGCAGCAGCCGAGCCAGCGGAGGCGCCAGCAGCGGCAGAGCCAACCACGCAGGCUCCGGUGACGCAGGCCCCGGUGGCUGCAGAAGCGGAGGGCGUGCGUUUGCACCUCUCGAGCAGCAACAGCACCGGCUACAAGGGCGUGUACAAGGACGGCUCGCGCUUCAAGGCGCAGCACAGGCGCGGGGGGGAACGGACUACCGUCGACCUCAGCCUCAGCCUCCUCCUCGGCCUCGGCCUCCGGAACGGGCUGUGGAGGCGGCUUGCGGCGCAGCACGAGCCGGGCCUCCGGCUCAGCCUCCUCUGA